AUGAUUCUGUUAUUCUCAGGGUUAGUCUGCGUCCAGAAUGCGGCGCCAAUUUCGAGUACGCCCCUGGUGACAGCAUCUCCCUCAUCUGCUCAAAUGCGGAUAGUGAUGUCUCCUGGCUCCUUGACCGCACAGACCUGGAGGGGCAUUCACCGGAUCAGCCUUUACUGAUUGAGAGGGAACGACCAGACAAGUCUUCCUCAGGGUUACCUCUUAAUGUGUGCCUCUCACCAAGACUCCUUAUUAAGCACUGUCUAGAGCUGCAUUCGCCAGCUUCUAGGCGCACCCUUAAUCUUCUCGCAAACCAUUUCACAAAUGACACCUGUUCGAUUUCACGCCUGCAAAGGACCCUUAUUCACCAGUUGGUUGGCCGCGAGGGUGCUCCUUUGUAUAACCGGUAAGUCCACACCGGUAUAUAUGUAUCGCUUGAGCACAACGCACACCUCUAGAUGAGACAGUUUUAGGCGUAUAUCAUAAAAAGCCACAUAAGCCGAACCGACCAGUUUCUCAGGUAUUCGAUAAAGUAGCGUCCUAUGCGACACUAACGGUACUCUGCCAUGGCGGUCCUUGCUAUUCCAAACUAAAACCAACUAUAGGGAGACGGCUGAACUUUAUUGCAGUUGCUACUCGCUGGGCGUCAAAUCUUGUAAUCUAAGCUGCCAAUGUAGACCCUGCAAGGGGGCCUAUCUAGGUCUUCGGCAAGCGGGUAAGAUGGGAGACCUUGAUGGACUCCGAGGAGUUCAUACGCUUCACAUAUUAAAAUACAGUCAAGGUUAAGCGCGGGUUUUGUCACUUCCCGUUUGUAAAUCGGGAGCUGACAACCACACGAGCCGGUCUCCCAUGUUACGGGCAGCGCCGGAGCAGUAAUUUUUGUACGUUUUUUAGUAGAUAUUUUUGUCUUUCUUUGAUUGUCGUCAUGAAUAAUUCAUUUUCUAGUCAAAAUAUAGAUAAUUGCGUCUGCAACAUGACGGAAUUUUUUUCAUCCCAAUGUGUUUUUCCACUUUAAGGCCAAACAUCAGCAGUGUCAAGGAUGUGGUUUUCGAAGUCCUCGUUUGUAUGGAUGCCAACUUCUUACACUAG